AAAAGACCUUGACCUUCAGCCUAAGCAAAAGUCUCCUCUUCAUAACAUCCACUAGAGAUUCUUCAUUCAUUUUAUCUUUUCGAACAAUCUUAUCAACAAUGCAAGAGCUCCAUGAAGCGGCAAUUGCUUAUUACAACAACGGCUCCACGGAUCAACAGAAUUUGGCAUGGCAGUUUUUCCGUUCAAUGGAUGGUGACGGUGAUGGCCGUGUCAGCUUUCAUGAGUAUACCGAUUUCUUGUAUAGAACCACCGGUUUCGGUUGGGUCCAUCGCGAGAUGUUUCAGGAGCUCGACCGAAACGGAGACGGUCAGCUUGACUUCUGGGAGGUCUUGACGCUUUACUAUGUGGCUCGGACGCGGACCAUCCUCUGCCGCACGUGCCUCCAGCCUCUCAUUGGUUUAUACUUUACGUGUGUGACGUGCUUUGAAUCCCAAAGUGAUGGCGACACGUUUGAUCUCUGCGUCAAGUGUUAUAUGCAGCGGAAUUGUAAUCAUCCGCAUCGUGUCUUCCUGGAUAGUUAUGUUUUACUACGAUCUAAGCGUAGCCACCAACCUCUGGAGCCGCCUGGCGAACAAAACAUGCCCGAACAACCACCUGAGAGGGUGGGAUGGUGGUACGCGAUGACAGCAAUGGAUCUCGCAAUUGCUAUGGGAUCUCUUACUGGCUUUUGCACUAUUAUGUAAAAUCUCAUUGUUGUUUUCUUUAUAUAUUCAGUCAAUAAACUUUUUUUUUUUUGAACACGUUCAGCCAAUAAACAUACUAUAACUUUAAAGGGCAGACUAUGGAAUAAGAAAGUAGCAUUACAACCUUC